AUGCACUGUUCACCGCCCCUUGCCAAAGCCGUCUUGCUCUUUUCUUGCAUCGUACCAUCCCUCGCAUCACAAUGCACACCUUCGACUCCUGAAAAGCCCCGCGUCUUCCUCUUGAGCGACAUCGCCAACGAGCCCGACGAUGCACAAUCCCUCGUCAGGCUUCUCGUCUACGCCAAUGAGCUUCAUAUCGAGGGUCUGGUGGCGACGACGAGCGUCUGGCUAAAUGACACUACCCGCCCUGAUCAAAUGCACGAUAUUGUCGACGCUUACGGGGAGGCACUGCCCAAUCUACAGAAACAUGCUCCCGGCUGGCCUAACGUCACCCAUCUCAAGGGUCUGAUUGCCUCCGGCCUGCCGGUCUACGGCAUGGAUGGCGUCGGCGAAGGAAAGGACAGCGAGGGCUCAAACAGGCUAGUAAAGGCAGUCGACGCCUCGGACGAGCCGCUCUGGAUCCCGGUAUGGGGCGGGGCGUCGGUGCUGGCGCAGGCGUUGUGGCACGUCAACGCGACGAGAGUGCGGUCCGAGAUUGAAACCUUUGUCGAGAAGCUCCGCGUCUACGCCAUUUCCGACCAGGAUAACGCCGGCUCGUGGAUCCGUCGACACUGGCCGCAACUCUUUUAUAUUGCCAGUGUCCACCACUUUAACCGGUAUGCCGUUGCCGCGUGGGGCGGUAUCUCGGGCGAGCAGUACUACAACUUUCCGAGCUUCUCGAGCCAGGAGGUUAUAUCGCCAGAUUGGAUCAGGCAGAACAUCCAAAGCGUCGGACCGCUGGGGGCAAAGUAUCCUGAUGCCGAUUUCAUCAUCGAGGGCGAUACACCUUCGCUCCUCUACCUGAUCCCCAACGGGCUUUCCGACCCCGAGCAUCCGGAAUGGGGAUCUUGGGGUGGCCGCUAUGGUCCCGUCACCUACGGUGAGGGUCAUUUCGCAGACACGGUGGACGUCCUGAGGGGGGCUUCAGGAAGGACAAUCAUGAGUUCGCAGGCUACCGUGUGGAGAUGGCGGGAGGCGUUUCAGAAUGACUUUGCUGCCCGCAUCAAGUGGUCCGCCACUUCUGAAUUCGAUGAUGCUCAGCAUGCCCCAGUUAUCGUAUUGAACGGAGACAUGUCCCGCAAGGUUGUCAAGAUGAUUGUCAAGGAAGAGGACGUCAUCGGGCUCGAUGCGGGAGAGUCUUGCGAUCCGGACGGGGACGAGUUGACGUACAAGUGGUGGCAGUACCUGGAGCCAUCGUCAAACAACAAUAAUCCGGGAAGAGACGUUGGCAGACUCGAACUGAGUGAUACCAACGCCCCCAUCAUCACGGUUACCAUGCCUUCAAAGGAGGUCCUCCGCGCCCCAGGCAGAAAUCGCCACCCCAAUGAAGACAAGCACCUGCAUCUCAUCCUCGAGGUCUCUGACGGCACGCUGAUUUCCUAUCGUCGGGUUGUCUUCACCAUACUCGGUCCCAAGGCAGGGGAUGACAAGUCUUCAGCCGAAAAGGCGGUUAAGGAUGUCGUCCAUGAUGAAUUGUGA